CUGCGUCAUUCCCCGUGAAAAAUAAACGCAAGCCGAAGCCGACGUCCGAUCACAUCCCUGUGAAAAUGGCGUUAGAUUCCGAAGAGCUCAGCCAACUUAACUUGACAAAAACGAAGAAUACCCGUCGGAAGAGGCUGAAAGUCCGGCGACUAAAGUACACGUAUCGAACGAAGAUCCACGUCGAGCGACAGAAAGGGAAACAACUACUAGACGAGAAUAAGGAAGAUUAUCACCACACGGUGGAGAAGAAGAUAUCGUUAUCUCUGACAUCGUCCUACGAAAACGACGAGAUUUUGUCUUUCCGGAGAGAAAGUCCGGAGAGUUUUACUACCUACGGCUCGGUGUCCUUGAUAGGGAGGAGGAGAGAGAUGGAAGAUGCGGUGAGAGUGGAGUUAGGGUUCAUGAAAAAGAGUAAGAUUGCGACGGCGUGUGAGGAGAGGUUGCAUGGGGUUCUGGUUGAGGAGAGAGAUGAUCAUGUUCAAGGUCAUGAGGAUGAAGGGAUGGAUUAUUGGCAGAGGGUGAUGGAAGCGUGUUUUGGUAAAAUGGACGAGGAGGUGAGGGAUAACGGGUUGGGAAGGACGGUGGGGUCAACGGCUGUUGUGGCGGUGGUUGGGGGAAGAGGUAGUGGUGGUGGCAAACUGUGGGGAUUGCAGGUCGGUGAUGUGUAGUGGUGGUGUGGCCUUGGCCUUGUCUACGGAUCACAAGGUGAUCAUUACCUUAGACCGUAUGUAAUUUCCAAACCAGAAGUGACCGUUACCAAGCGAAUGGAUAAAGACGAAUUUCUCAUACUAGCCAGUGAUGGCUUGUGGGAUGUUAUCCCUAAUGAACUUGCAUGCCGGAUUGUGAAGAGAUGUCUUGAUGGAAAAAUGAGGAGCUACAUGCAGGAGGUUGAGAAUGAAAGCCGCCCGGCUGAGGCAGCGGCAUUAUUGGCCGAGUUAGCACUGGCUCGGGGAAGCAAAGAUAACAUUAGUGUUAUUGUAGUUGAACUGAGGAAAUCUAGAGGUUUUGUCGGUUCAUAGUCUUACCUUUCAAUCUACAUUUAGUCCCUGAUCAGCACGGCAUUUAAUUCUUCUGCCGGAUGGGAGCUAUAUAUAAAAAUUUGUGAAACACCUGUGUCAUAGACUCGUGCUCAAUACUACAAUAAAUUCUUUUGUGUUGGUUUGCUAACCACAACAUGCGCCAUCCUUGUAAUCAUCUCCUUGGGUAUUACAAGGACUUGGACUGAUCAGAAAAUAAGGACUUGGAAACGGAGCUCACCAUUUUGUUUGAUCUCUCUUCCA